AUGUAUCUCAGGACCAAGGCGCACUUGCGCUGGCGCAAGCAGACCCAAUGGCCACCUGCGCCUUCCGUGGAAGACGAGACGGUAUCCCUCUCUCGUGAACUACACGGGAUGACCAAGCUAGGAGAAAAGCCCGGAGUAGAGGGUGUCUGCUCUCGGGGAACUAUUGACCAACAUCCAGUGAUCGUGGAUGUGCUAUCCUUCUCCUCAGUUGUUCACACGACAAUCUAUGACGACUCAGUCCGCGAGAGCGGCUCUGAUGACAACGCAGGGCCACCAACGCCGUCAGCGGAGAUAGAACAUGACCCAAUGCUCUACAUUGUCGAGGAUGAUCAGGUCGUGCCUCUGUCGACUCCAUGGGCUUCUUCAGAUAAGGUUCGCGGACCUCCACCCUCGCUAGCACGGCCGCAGCAACUCCGCAUCCCGAGCAAGACCCUCGAUGGCCGCCCUGGUGAAGCGAAAGCUAGUACCCAGAGGGACAGUAAUCCCAAGAAAGAUAUGGCCCAAGGACCCCGGACUGGCUCUGUGACGUCCAAGACGCCCACCAAAGCGAUUGAAACUACGACCACGGCAUCACCGCCUAGCUUGAAGCGAGCGGGCAGUGCGAAGCCCAGUUCAUCUGCCAAGCAGGUGACUAGGCCUCCCAUGCCGAAGCCGGGCCAUCAAUCUGAUUCGGCUGCUAUUGGCGUGAAAGGCUCCUCGGCUAAGCCUCCGGCCUCACCUACAGAAAAGUCUUCCACCGGACCUACUUUGGCUGAGAGGAUAGAGGAGAAAUUGCGCCAGCGGCAGGAACUUCGCGCAUCGCAAGAGGCCUCACAGAACAACGAUCAGAAUAACAGGGCACAGUCGGUGUCCUCCCACACGCCCAGCCGACGUGCUGUGUCUUUCCUGGAUGACACGUUACAGAGGCCUGUGUCACCCGAUGAAGACCCCGAAGAUGCUUACCAAACUGGAAAACAAGUUGGUCGACGAAGCUCUUCGCAGGGUGCCGUGCGCAGAAGUUCUCCUAAGCCGCAGUACUUUCUGUCGCCUUGCCCUCGGUCAGUUGCUGUGGCAGGAUAUCAGGACUGGCAUACCGUGAAGGGAAUCCCUCACUUGGAUAUCUGUCCAUCCUGCAUGAAACAGAUGCGCAAGUCCCGGUUCCGAGAUUUCUUUGUCCUAGCGAGCCCCCGACCUCGCGAAGAGAAGGUUCGCUGUUCCAUGAGUGAGCCGUGGACGCGCUUGGCAUGGAUGCAGACACUCAAGAAACAUCUGGACCACCUGGAUCUGCUCCUGCAGAUCACGCGGCCACCGUCAGGCAGCAAGCCUUGCCCGGGACGCACUAUCAGUGACCAGUACUGGUACCGUGUCGUGGACCCGGACACCGACAUGUAUCUUCCACAGUUCAACGUAUGCCACUCCUGCGUUCGCAACUUGAGGACUCUGAUGCCGCGACACCGGGAGACAUUCAAACGCAGUGCCACCAAGCAGGAGAGGGCGUGUGACUUUGUGACUGACAGCGCUCGGUUCGUCCGCUAUAUCGACUGCCUGGAUAUGGCCGCCAACCGAGCCGAGCUGGAGCAUGCGGUGCGUCCGGACAUCCGCGAGUUCCUGUCCUAUGCGCGGCGCAAGGUAGUGCUUCGAGACUGCCGGCGGGACCGGCAGGUUCUCAGCACCUGGCACUACAUGCCGCAGCUGCCUGAGCUCACGGUGUGCGAGGACUGCUACGACGACGUGGUGUGGCCGCUGGUCAAGGCCAAGCUGCCGAUUGCGCGCAAGUUCUCGACCACGAUGCGGCUUCUUCCCGGGGAAGGCCCGUCGCGCUGUCGCGAGGCGAGCUGCCAGCUUUACUCGCCGCGGAUGCGGAUGAAGUUCCAGGAGGCGGUGCAGCUGGACGACCUGACGUAUCUGAAGCUGGUGGCGCUGCGACGUCGGGAGGCCGAGCAGCGGUACCGAGACCGCCAAGCCGAGCUGCUGGAGGAUGCCAGUCGGGGGUAUGAGGUUGAGAGUGAGAUGCGGAAGAACGUGGAGGAGUGGAAGCGAUGGGAGUAG